CUCAUACACACAGUGCCGCUGCUGCUCACACACUGUCCGGCCACUUGGAAAUUUCCCCUCAACGUGCAGGAUAUUUCAGUGCUGGGAAGCGCGACUCUCGGCUAAUGUGCAUCUUCUCGGGGCCGAGUCACUUGAAAUGCCCCAGUAGAGGAUCCGAAGCUGCGAAGAUCAGCAGACACUCGAGGCCGCGUUUUCCUCAGCAAUAAGGUGUAGCUGCAGGUCCCACCCACACCGCUUGCCAAGAUGGUGGCGUUGUCGCUGAAAAUCUGCGUGCGCCAGUGCAACGUUGUGAAGACGAUGCAGUUCGAGCCCUCCACAGCCGUCUACGACGCCUGCAGGAUCAUCAGGGAGAGGGUCCCAGAGGCUCAGAGCGGGCAGGCUUCAGACUACGGUCUGUUUCUGUCUGAUGAAGACCCCCGGAAAGGCAUCUGGUUGGAAUCUGGAAGGACACUGGAUUACUACAUGCUGCGCAACGGGGAUAUUCUCGAAUACAAGAAGAAGCAAAGACCCCAGAAAAUCAAAAUGUUGGACGGGGCAGUGAAAACCAUCAUGGUGGACGACUCCAAGACAGUGGGAGAGCUGCUGGUGACUAUAUGCAGUAGAAUAGGCAUCACCAACUAUGAGGAAUACUCUCUGAUCCAAGAGACGGUGGAGGAGAAGAAGGAGGAUGGCAUGGGCACGCUGAAGAAAGACAGGACGCUGCUGCGUGACGAGAGGAAGAUGGAGAAGCUGAAAGCCAAACUGCACACAGACGAUGACUUGAACUGGCUGGACCACAGCAGAACGUUCAGAGAGCAGGGGGUCGAAGAGAGCGAGACUCUCCUCCUCAGACGCAAGUUCUUCUACUCGGACCAGAACGUAGACUCCCGAGACCCUGUGCAACUGAACCUGCUUUACGUACAGGCCCGAGAUGACAUCCUAAACGGUUCCCACCCGGUAUCAUUCGACAAGGCCUGUGAGUUCGGAGGGAUUCAGGCCCAGAUCCAGUUUGGACCUCACAUAGAGCACAAGCACAAGCCUGGAUUCUUGGACCUCAAGGAGUUUCUACCCAAAGAGUACAUCAAGCAGAGAGGAGCCGAGAAGAAAAUAUUCCAGGAACACAAAAACUGUGGCGAAAUGACGGAGAUCGAAGCAAAAGUGAAAUACGUCAAGCUGGCGCGGUCUCUGCGCACCUACGGCGUCUCCUUCUUCCUGGUCAAGGAAAAGAUGAAGAGUAAGAACAAGCUUGUGCCACGGCUCUUGGGGAUCACCAAAGAGUCUGUGAUGAGAGUGGACGAGAAAACCAAAGACGUGGUCCAGGAGUGGCCGCUCACUACCGUGAAGAGGUGGGCGGCGUCACCUAAGAGCUUCACCCUGGACUUUGGCGAGUACCAGGAGAGCUACUACUCGGUGCAGACCACUGAAGGGGAACAGAUCUCGCAGCUCAUCGCCGGUUACAUCGACAUCAUCCUCAAGAAAAAACAAAGCAAGGACCGCUUCGGAUUAGAAGGUGACGAGGAGUCAACCAUGCUCGAAGAAUCUGUGUCACCAAAAAAGUCCACCAUCCUCCAGCAGCAGUUCAACCGCGUUGGCCGGGUGGAGCACGGCUCUGUGGCGCUGCCAGGGGUGAUCCGCUCCGGCUCCAUUGGCACAGAGUCACUUAGCAUGGGUACCAUGCCAUCUGCUCAACAGCAGAUCACAAUGGGUCAGAUGCACCGUGGACACAUGCCACCUCUGAGUUCGGCACAGCAGGCUCUGAUGGGAACCAUCAACACCAGCAUGCAGGCUGUACAGAAGGCCCAGAUAGACUUGGGGGAGGUUGACAACCUGCCACCACUGGGACAGGACAUGGCAUCCAAGGUCUGGAUUCAAAACAAGAUGGACGAGUCGAAGCAUGAGAUCCACUCCCAGGUGGACGCCAUCACUGCAGGAACGGCCUCCGUUGUCAACCUCACAGCAGGCGAUCCCACUGACACGGACUAUACAGCAGUCGGCUGCGCCAUCACCACCAUUUCCUCCAACCUGACUGAAAUGUCAAAGGGUGUGAAGCUGUUGGCUGCGCUGAUGGACGACGACGUGGGAGGAGGUAACGACCUGAUGAAGGCUGCCAGGACGCUAGCAGGGGCCGUGUCUGACCUGCUGAAGGCUGUGGAGCCGGCAUCUGGAGAGCCCAGACAGACUGUGCUGACAGCAGCAGGCAGCAUCGGCCAGGCCAGUGGAGACCUCCUGCGCCAGAUUGGAGAGAACGAGACAGAUGAGAGGUUCCAGGACAUCCUGAUGAAUCUGGCCAAAGCAGUGGCCAACGCAGCGGCCAUGUUGGUGCUGAAGGCCAAGAACGUGGCCCAGGUUGCAGAGGACACUGUCCUCCAGAACCGGGUCAUUGCCGCCGCCACACAGUGCGCUCUGUCCACCUCCCAGCUGGUGGCAUGUGCCAAGGUGGUGAGUCCAACCAUCAGUUCCCCAGUUUGUCAGGAGCAGCUAAUAGAAGCCGGAAAGCUGGUCGACCGCUCAGUGGAGAGCUGCGUCCAGGCCUGCCUCUCAGCCACAGAGGAUGGAGAGCUCCUCAAACAGGUGAGCGCAGCGGCCAGCGUGGUUAGUCAGGCUCUGGGAGAUCUCCUGCAACACGUUCGUCAGUACACCUCCAGAGGAGAGCCGAUUGGACGCUACGACCAGGCCACAGACACCAUCAUGACCGUCACUGAGAGCAUCUUCAGCUCGAUGGGCGACGCAGGAGAGAUGGUUCGUCAGGCGCGGGUGUUGGCUCAGGCCACUUCGGACCUGGUCAACGCCAUGCGGUCCGACGCAGAAGCCGAGGUGGACGUUGACAACUCGAAGAAGUUGCUGGCAGCUGCCAAACUGCUGGCCGAUGCCACCGCCAGGAUGGUGGAGGCGGCGAAGGGUGCUGCUGCAUACCCAGAGAAUGAGGACCAGCAACAGAGGCUGAGGGAGGCCGCAGAGGGGCUGCGGGUGGCCACCAACGCCGCUGCUCAGAACGCCAUCAAGAAGAAGCUGAUCAACAGGCUGGAGAAUGCUGCCAAGCAAGCUGCGGCUGCUGCCACACAGACCAUCGCUGCCGCUCAGAACGCCGCAGCCUCCAACAAGAACACCGCCGCUCACCAGCAGCUGGUGCAGAGCUGUAAGGCAGUGGCAGACCACAUCCCACAGCUCGUCCAGGGAGUACGUGGCAGUCAGGCCAAACCAGAGGACCUGAGCGCACAACUAGGCCUCAUCAUCGCCAGCCAGAACUUCCUACAGCCCGGUAGUAAGAUGGUGACCUCGGCCAAGUCGUCUGUUCCCACGGUGACGGAUCAGGCUGCGGCCAUGCAACUGGGUCAGUGUGCCAAGAACCUGGCCACCUGCCUGGCUGAGCUGAGGACGUCUGCGCAGAAGGCUCAUGAGGCUUGCGGCCCCAUGGAGAUCGACUCUGCGCUCACUGCCAUCCAAACCCUGAGAAGUGAGCUGCAAGACGCCAAGGUGGCUGCUGUAAACACCCAACUGAAACCACUGCCUGGAGAGUCGUUGGAGAAGUGCGCUCAGGAUCUAGGCAGCACCUCUAAGUCGGUGGGAUCGUCCAUGGCUCAGCUGCUCACCUGCGCUGCACAGGGAAACGAACACUACACUGGAAUAGCAGCCAGAGAAACUGCACAGGCCCUGAAGACACUCGCCCAAGCGGCCCGUGGCGUCGCUGCCUCCACCACGGACCCCAAGGCUGCGGCUGCCAUGCUGGACUCGGCCCGUGACGUUAUGGAGGGCUCGGCACUUCUCAUUCACGAGGCCAAAGAGGCACUGAUUUCCCCCGGAGACGCCGAGAGCCAGCAGCGUCUGGCACAGGUGGCCAAGGCUGUGUCUCACUCCCUGAAUAACUGCGUCAACUGUUUGCCUGGUCAGAAGGAUGUGGACAUGGCUCUCAAGAGCAUCGGGGAGGCCAGCAAGAAGCUGCUGAUUGAAACUAUCCCUCCUGCAUCAAAGUCGUUUCAGGAGGCUCAGAGUGGCCUGAACCAAACAGCAGCAGACCUGAACCAGUCGGCGGGCGAGGUGGUCCACGCCUCCAGAGGUUCCAGCAGCCAGCUGGCCGUGGCCUCUGGGAAGUUCAGCCAAGACUUUGAUGAGUUCCUGGACGCUGGUAUAGAAAUGGCUGGCCACACUCAGAAAAAAGAUGACCAGGUUCAGGUGAUUGGAAACCUGAAGAACAUCUCCAUGGCUUCAAGCAAACUACUGCUGGCUGCUAAAAGUCUGUCUGUGGACCCAGCAGCUGCAAAUGCCAAGAACCUGCUAGCUGCCGCUGCAAGGGCUGUGACUGACAGCAUCAACCAGCUGAUCACUCUGUGCACACAACAGGCUCCUGGCCAGAAGGAGUGCGACAACGCUUUGAGAGAGUUGGAGGCCGUCAGAGGAAUGCUGGACAACCCCAAUGAGCCGGUCAAUGACCUCUCUUACUUUGACUGCAUCGAGAGUGUGAUGGAGAACUCCAAGGUGCUGGGAGAAUCCAUGGCUGGUAUCUCUCAGAACUGCAAGACCGGAGAUGUGCCAGCAUUUGGAGACUGCGUGGGGUCGGCCUCCAAAGCCCUGUGCGGCCUCACCGAAGCUGCGGGGCAGGCCUCCUACUUGGUGGGCGUGUCUGACCCUAACAGUCAGGCAGGACACCAGGGCUUAGUGGAUCCCAUCCAGUUCGCCAAAGCCAACCAGGCAAUCCAGAUGGCCUGUCAGAACCUUGUCGAUCCAGAAUCCAGCCCCUCCCAGGUGCUCUCAGCAGCCACCAUUGUUGCUAAGCACACCUCGGCGUUGUGCAACGCUUGCCGCCUGGCAUCCUCCAAGACAACCAACCCGGUUGCCAAGAGGCACUUUGUCCAGUCUGCCAAGGAGGUGGCCAACAGCACCGCCAACUUAGUCAAGACCAUCAAGGCUUUGGAUGGUGAUUUCUCAGAGGAGAACAGGAACAGGUGUCGUGUUGCCACUGCCCCACUAAUCGAAGCUGUGGAAAACCUGACAACAUUUGCUUCCAAUCCAGAGUUUGCCAGCAUCCCAGCGCAAAUCAGCAAUGAGGGCUCUGCAGCACAGGAGCCAAUCCUCCAUUCAGCGCGCGCUAUGCUCGACAGCUCUACCUAUCUGCUGAAAACGGCGCGUUCGCUGGUCAUCAACCCCAAAGACCCGCCCACGUGGUUCGUUCUGGCCGGUCACUCUCGUACCGUCUCCGACUCCAUCAAGGGUCUCAUCACAGCCAUCCGGGACAAGGCUCCGGGCCAGCGGGAGUGCGACUCUUCAAUUGAUAACAUCAACAAAUGUAUCCGGGACAUUGAGCAGGCCUCUCUGGCAGCCGUCAGCCAGAACUUACCCAGCAGAGACGACAUCUCACUGGAGGCUCUACAGGAGCAGCUGACGUCCACUGUGCAGGAAAUCGGCCACUUAAUUGACCCUGUUUCCACUGCAGCCAGAGGCGAAGCUUCCCAACUAGGACACAAGGUGACCCAACUGGCUGGCUACUUUGAACCGCUGAUCAAAGCCUCCGUGGGCGUGGCGUCCAAGCUGAAGGACCACCAGCAGCAGAUGACUUUCCUGGACCAAACUAAGACUCUGGCGGAGUCGGCCCUGCAGAUGCUCUACGCUGCCAAGGAGGGUGGAGGGAAUCCAAAGGCCUCGCACACCCAUGACGCCAUAGCAGAGGCGGCUCAGCUGAUGAAGGAGGCGGUGGAUGACAUUAUGGUGACGCUGAAUGAGGCUGCCAGUGAGGUGGGAAUGGUGGGAGGAAUGGUGGAGUCCAUCGCAGAGGCCAUGGCUAAGCUGGAUGAAGGUACGCCGCCUCAGCCCGAGGGCUCGUUCGUGGAUUAUCAGACCAGUAUGGUGAAGUACUCAAAGGCUAUUGCUGUCACCGCUCAGGAAAUGAUGACCAAAUCGGUGACGUGUCCAGAUGAGCUGGGAGCCCUGGCCUCUCAGGUGACCGUGGACUACAGCCAGCUGGCCGUUCAGGGGCGACUGGCCGCACAUACAGCUGAGCCAGAAGAGAUUGGUUUCCAGAUCAAGACCAGAGUGCAGGAGCUCGGUCACGGCUGUAUCUUCCUGGUGCAGAAGGCUGGAGCUCUGCAGAUCAUCCCGUCCGAUGGCUUCACCAAGCGAGAGCUCAUCGAAUGCGCCCGGGCGGUCACAGAGAAGGUGUCAUUGGUCCUCUCAGCCCUCCAGGCGGGAAACAAGGGCACCCAGGCGUGCAUCACAGCAGCCAGCGCCGUGUCCGGCAUCAUCGCCGAUCUGGACACCACCAUCAUGUUCGCCUCCGCUGGAACGCUCAACGCGGAGAACGACGAGUCCUUCGCUGACCACAGGGAGAACAUUUUGAAGACGGCCAAAGCCCUGGUGGAGGACACAAAGAUGCUGGUGUCCGGCGCGGCUUCCGGUCAGGACAGGCUGGCUCAGGCUGCCCAGUCUUCUGCCAAAACCAUUACCCAUCUCACAGACGUGGUCAAACUGGGAGCUGCCAGCAUCGGCUCUGACGACCCCGAGACGCAGGUGGUUCUGAUAAAUGCCGUCAAAGAUGUGGCCAAGGCGCUGGCGGAGCUCAUUAGUGCCACCAAGUGUGCCGCCGGCAAGUCGGCAGAUGAUCCGUCUAUGUACCAACUGAAGGGUGCUGCUAAGGUGAUGGUGACCAACGUGACAUCGCUGCUGAAGACCGUCAAGGCUGUGGAGGACGAGGCCACGCGUGGCACCAGAGCCCUGGAGGCCACAAUCGAGUGCAUUAAACAGGAAAUGGCGGUCUUUCAGUCCAAGGAUGCUCCCAACAAGACGACCACACCUGAGGAGUUCAUUCGCAUGACUAAGGGCAUCACCAUGGCAACAGCUAAAGCGGUGGCUGCGGGAAACUCUGCCCGCCAGGAGGACAUCAUCCAUACGGCCAACCUCAGCCGCAAAGCCAUUUCAGACAUGCUCACCACCUGCAAGCAAGCUGCCUACCAUCCAGAGGUCAGUGAGGAGGUGAAGAACAGGGCGCUGAUGUACGGGACAGAGUGCACAACUGGAUACAUCGGCCUCCUGGAACAAGUGCUAAUGGUGCUGCAGAGGCCCACCACAGACCAGAAGCAGCACCUGGCGGCUUGUUCCAAACGAGUGGCCGGAGCCGUCACAGAGCUCAUCCAGACGGCCGAGGCCAUGAAAGAUGGAGGUUCAGAGUGGGUGGACCCCGAGGAUCCGACCGUGAUUGCGGAAACCGAGCUGCUCGGGGCGGCGGCGUCCAUCGAGGCGGCGGCUAAGAAGCUGGAGCAGCUGAAGCCCAGAGCAAAGCCAAAGCAGGCUGAUGAGACGCUAAACUUUGAGGAGCAGAUUCUGGAGGCAGCCAAGUCCAUCGCUGCAGCCACCAGCGCUUUAGUCAAAUCGGCCUCUGCCGCCCAGAGAGAGCUGGUGGCUCAGGGGAAAGUGGGCUCUAUCCCCGCCAAUGCCGUGGAUGACGGCCAGUGGUCCCAGGGGCUCAUCUCCGCUGCACGUAUGGUGGCGGCCGCCACCAGCAACCUGUGCGAGGCGGCCAACGCCUCGGUGCAAGGCCACGCCAGCGAAGAGAAGCUCAUCUCUUCGGCCAAACAGGUGGCGGCCUCCACUGCCCAGCUGCUGGUGGCGUGCAAGGUGAAGGCCGACCAGGACUCAGAGGCCAUGAGGAGACUGCAGAUUGCUGGGAAUGCAGUGAAGAAAGCAUCAGACAACUUGGUGCGAGCCGCCCAGAAGGCAGCAUUUGACAAAUCCGAUGAAGACAACGUGGUGGUCAAGACCAAGUUUGUUGGUGGAAUAGCACAGAUCAUCGCAGCCCAGGAAGAGAUGCUGAGGAAGGAGAGGGAGCUGGAAGAAGCCAGGAAGAAGCUGGCUCAGAUCAGGCAGCAGCAGUACAAGUUCCUACCAAGCGAACUACGAGAAGACGACAACUAACCGACAGCGCUGCACAUUCCUAAGCCGGCAUGAACGACACGUCUGUAUUUGUGUUCAACUUUGUGUCUUUCUAAUGGUGCGCCUGAACAGGUAUGCGGCCAACAGUGACUUCGGAUAUAGUGUGACUGAUUGAACAAACCAGUAAAGCCCAGGUCUGCAGUGAACACCGCUGACCACAUCAUGUGGAAAGUCUUCAACUACUAGCAAGUUUGAAAUACUACUGCGUGGAACUGACUACUUCCUGAAAUUACAAAUGAGAAGGGUUGCGGCGGUUUGACUGAAGAACCUCUUCACGUCCCUGUGUGUAAGCCUAGCUACUUCGACUGAUGUAGUCUCAACCAGAAUGUGACGUGCUACGGACAAAUGGCACAGCUCAUACGCUCUCAUGUUUGCCUGUAAGCUACCUUUUUUUGUUUUUUUCUCAUUUCCUUCUUUUAACACUUUGCAGCUCUAGUGUAUGAAAUGGAAUAACUGAUUGUGCUGCUGCUCGUGUCACGUAGCCGUUUAACUGCAGCUUCACUCUCAGAGUGAAUACAUUUCAGCUCGGUACUCUGAUUUGAUAUGAAUGUCGGCCUUUAUGCUCCAGUCUGACGACUUGAUGUCUGUCUGAAUCACGUAAAUCACUGUGGCAUGUCUUGACUUUAGAUCAGUGACCCUAAUAUGAAGAAAGAUUUUGCAUUUUGGUGUUUUUUUUUGGACCAUUGUGUGGAUUUCAGUAAUGCAAAGCUGUUUUGGGGAGUCGUCGACAUCGACGGUCGCACAUGCGUCUCUGUCUUUUUAAGUCAUUUAUGCAGAUAUUUGUGGGCUUUACAUACAAAACGUCCUCUCGAGACGAUGCAAAGAAUUUUACGUGUUCCGUCGGAGGCCUCGACAUAAUAGAUGUCGUCAGUGGAAUGUUUCGCAUUAUGUUACCACGAGAAUGCUUUUCUACACAGGAUUACCAGAGAAGGAAUAUUUAUUACUCCUGAGUAUUUUUAGAAGAGGGCCGCCUUUUCCUGGAGGGCAGAAAUAGUCUCGGUUAACUGCUGCCGUCAGAAGAGGCUUGGGUGGCUUCAAUGCAAGAUAUCAGACAUCUCUCCAAAUAUUUUCUCUCUCUUUUUUUUUUCUUACUGUUUUUAAUCAUUUCAGACAUCGGAGACACUUGCGUACAGUAUAAACAGUUUGACCAUGAUGCAAUAAGAUGGAUGGUGCUUUAGGGGGCAGUAUUGGCAUUGUAUUGGUUUCUCCUCUCGCAGUGCAAACUUGAAGUGAUGAUCCAGGAGGUGAUGUUGUAAUCUAGUGUAAUUCAGUGCUUAUUUUACUCUCAGUACAGACUAGUAAACUUCAUUGGUCGUUCAGCUCCAGCAUCAUGCAGAAUAAAGAAUAACUGGAAUGAAUACCAUGGACCAGUUAAGUGCCACUCCUGCGCACGUGUUUCGUCUCAUGGUUGCUACUCACAGCAGAUAUUCUCGUUGGUUCUUGUUGAUAGUUUCCUCUCCAGGCGUUCAGCAAUACUCAGUCGCUACCAGGGACUGAUUUGAGUUUUGCAAAUUCAGGAUGCGGCAACAUUUACAAAAUCGGAAAGUAACUUGGCAAUAAGCUGACUCCUCCAAAUCUAACGGUCGAGGUUAAAAAGGAGUGAGCUGAAAAUGAAGGGACUGCAACGCUAAUCACUGCAGUUAUCCGUCGCUCCGUACGACUUUACUGAACGUGCUACGUCCUGCAAUAGAAGAACCCUUUCUUUAACGAGUUUGAUUGUAAUGUGUUUUGUUCCCUUGUCUUACACUCUGGGGUGUGUUACAUUAUUAAACCACUGUAUAGUGUAAGACUCGGCCCUGCUGUGAAAAUGCAUGGCUUUGUGCUUCAUAUGCAGAGUGACUCAGACUCCAACAUGCAGACGAGCCAACAGCUAGAGACGGUCACUUUUGAGUUUUUUUUUUUUAAUUUUUUAAAUUUUUUAGAGUUGGGCCUGAAUUUACAGGGGUUUUCUGCCAUUGUGUCGUGUGUGAGAAAAUAAAGGAAGCAGGAGGGAGGGAGGGAGGGCUCACUGCUUAUAAGUCAAGUCUGUAGUGUUAUUAUUAGUGCCUUAGUCCGUAGCCCAUACAAUGUCCUGUCUACUUGAGUGACAGCUUCACCUCAUUGGUUAAUAGAAGGUACUGGACAAACUGUUGUUUGGAAAUGUAGGUUCGUGUCUGUGGGUUAUUUUUACCAUCCAUUGUCCCACUUGCUAACGUGCUGUUCCUCUAAGUGCUAAAACGACUCAAACCCCUUGACCCUUCUCUCUGCAACAUGUAAGGCCUUUAUGGGGGGGUGACAGAGGAACUGUCCGCCAGUCAAAAGAAAUGUGUUUAAAAUGUACUAUCAGUAUACACUGUUAAAGUAUAUAAUAUAUAUAUAUGAACACAUUUUUGUACUGCAUUCCAUGGGCAUGUACCGCAGUGCUUAUAAACUACGACAGGAGGGAGAUGCGAGCCUGUCAACUGCUUUGUGUGUUAUGAAGUCACAGUUUGUUUUUGUUUUUUUAUGGGUGGGCUUUCUUUUCCCUGGUCCUUUUAAGACGCUAUCAAAGACCUGUGUGAUAAGAACAUCUCAGUAUGUGUGUCACCAUUCAGGUGAUCGUGACGCAAAUCGAUGAAGUAAUUGAAGUGUUCUGUAUGUUGUUAACUCCCUAACAGAAAUAAAUUAGGACGUUGCUACGAAGAUAAGCGAUAAGGUACAAUAUAAAAGAUAUUUAUCUGGCCUCAAUAAAACUAUUUUUUGUAUUCACUAAAAUUAAAGCAUUUCAAUGUG